UUGCCGGAGGCUGUCAAAAGUUUAGCUAUCCAUUUAGAGAGGAAAAGAAUAUAUGCGGUUUCUUUUUAUUCCAAAUUUAUAUUGAAAUCCGAUACGCAGUAUAAUUAAUUUCGUAAUAGCUAUGUCUGAUCCCAGUUCCAAAGACACCGUAUUGAAAACGGCAAUGAUUUACGUUUGUGGAGAAUGCCACCAUGAAAACGAAAUGCGUCCUAGGGAUCCGAUCCGUUGCCGAGAAUGUGGUUAUCGCAUUAUGUACAAAAAACGAACAAAACGAUUGGUUGUGUUCGAUGCUCGUUAGGAUGGUGUAUUUAGGUUUUUAUUUUUAGAUUUAAGUAUCAUUACCUGCACAAUAUAUUGAACAAAACAUGCGAAACAAACAACGAUCAAGAAAUUGUAAUUUGCAUCGCA